AUGGGAAACCUAGAAAAUUUGGUUAAGUUGGGCCUAGCUGCAAACAAACUCAUUGGUCCAAUUCCUCAUUCUCUAGCUAAUUUAAGUAGACUAGAGACCCUCUAUUUGCAUUCAAAUCAAUUAUCUGGUCUAGUGCCUUCUGAAAUUGGAGACAUGAAAAAUCUGAUUGAUUUGGAGCUAUCUUAUAACAAACUCAGAGGUCCAAUCUCUCAUUCUCUGGCUAAUUUAACUAGACUAGAGACCCUCUAUUUGAAUUCAAAUCAAUUAUCUAGUCCAGUGCCUUCUGAAAUUGGAGUUAUGAAAAAUCUUAUUGACUUGGACCUAACUCAUAACAACCUCAGUGGUCCAAUCCCUCAUUCUCUGUCUAAUUUAACUAGACUGGAGAGGCUCUAUUUGUACGAAAAUCAAUUAUCUAGUUCCAUACCUCAAGACCAUGGUAGCCAAGCAUCUAUUGUAGAACUCCAUUUGUUCGACAAUCUCUUAUCUGGAAGCUUACCUCAACAAAUAUGCCAAGGACGAUCACUUCAAAAUUUGUCAGUUGAUAAUAAUAAUCUCAUGGGUCCUAUUCCAGACUUUAGAAAUUGCACAAGUUAA